AUGAAGAGGUUACGGUUCGACCGAUGGACCGGCCAAUUGCCGCUCACCCGGGCCGGUAGCGCCCUGGGCUCGACCUCCAUGCCACGACCAGGGGUAUCAGUAGCCACGAUAUCCCCCCGAUGCACCGCCGUACGGUACCAGUCGACACUUCAGAACACCUCGGUCUGGCAAGGGAAUCCGACAACGCUAGAAUCCGACGGCCCUUACGAACAAUACAAGUUGUACGAGGAGGAUGACGGGACAGAUCAUGAGCGGUUCCCCCCGCUGGAGGAACUUCCCGAGAAAGCCACGACCUUGCCAUCGCCACCGCCCGAGCGGGCACUCCAGUCCGCCAAACUAGCCGCUCUCCACGCACGUCUGUCCCUACCGGAACGCCUACCGCUGCAGACGCUAGCCCGCGCACUCGUCGACGCCUCAGCCGACGAAGACGCUCGCUUCAACAACACCAAUCUGGCCUUUGUCGGCCAGUCCCUCAUCCACUACCACGUCGCCGAGUGGCUGAUGUGCCGCUACCCGCGCCUACCCAUGGAUAUCAUGUAUGCGGCCAUGAGGGGCUACGCCGGGCCGGCAACCCUACACCAGGUUGCCCGAUCAUGGGGUAUCGAGCACGCCGCAGCACCCGGCGGCGAAGUCGACCCAGGCCUGCUACAGUUCUCCCAGCAGCGCGUGGGCGACUCCAUCACCGCCUUCGGAUAUCGCCGCACCGAGUCCAAGGCCGUCCAAAAACUCCGCUGGCGCCACGGCCUAAGCAGCCGUGUCGUCUUCGACGACGACUUCGGCGACAUGAUCGACGUCGAGGACUCCAGAGCCGAACUGAUGGCCCGCGCCAACACGGAGUGGGGCAACGAGUAUACCCGCGCGCUGGCCGAGCGCGCCUUUGCCAAUUGCACGCGCGCCAUCACGGGCGCCCUGUACGCCCACGCCGGCCGCGAGGCCGCGGCUUCCUUCAUCAAGGCCCACAUCCUCAGCCGCACCCUCAACAUGACCUACCUCUUCGCCUUCAAGAAACCCACGCGGGAGCUGUCGCUGCUCUGCGCGCGCGAGGAGUUCGAACCGCCCGUGGCCCGGUUGUUGUCUGAGACGGGCCGCGCGUCCCGCACCCCUGUCUUCGUCGUCGGUAUCUUUUCGGGGAAGGACAAGCUCGGCGAGGGCCAGGCGGCUAAUCUCAACUCUGCCCGCCACCAGGCUGCUAUGAAUGCGCUGAAGAGCUGGUAUUUGUACAGUCCUGGCGAGGAUACCCGGUUGCCUAGCGAGAUGCUUACUGAGGGGGCGAAACCGUGGGAGCCGGCGUAUAUUGAUAUUGGUGAGAUUAUCAGCCGGUAA